AUCGACGCGGGAGCUGGGACACUCGAGCUGGCCCUGUACCAUGAGAGGAUGUGGCCGCGAGCUGGCUGAGCUGCCCGGCCCCGCUGCCUGUCCCGGCCGGCACCAUGGGAGGAUGCUUCUCCAAGCCCAAACCAGUUGAAGUGAAAAUUGAAGUUGUGAUACCUGAGAAGGAGAGAAACAAGGAGGAAAUGUCACCCAAUGGGAAAGCCAGCCCUCUGAUCUACAAAGUCAAUGGGACUACCCGGCACUACCACCUUGAGGAGCAUCCAAUUGCCGGCAACCCCUACCACAACCCAAAGGACGUGGUAGAAGCAUCUGUGUGCCACGUGAAGGACCUGGAGAAUGGACAGAUGCGGGAAGUGGACCUGGGCUGCGGGAAGGCUCUGCUCAUCAAGGAUAAUGGCGAGUUCCACGCCGUGGGACACAAGUGUCCCCACUACGGGGCUCCGCUGGUCAAAGGGGUUUUGUCCAAAGGAAGAGUCCGCUGUCCCUGGCAUGGAGCUUGCUUCAGUAUCGGCACAGGUGACAUUGAGGACUUUCCCGGCUUGGACAGUUUACCCAGGUUCCAGGUGAAGAUUGAGAAGGAGAAGGUAUACAUCCGAGCAAGCAAGCAGGCUCUUCAGACACAGAGAAGGACAAAGAUGAUGGCAAAGUGCAUCUCCUUGAGCAACUACAACCUGAGCAGCACCAAUGUGCUGAUCAUUGGUGCAGGGGCAGCUGGGCUGGUCUGUGCAGAGACCUUGCGCCAGGAGGGUUUCUCUGACCGAAUUGUGAUGUGCACCAUGGACAGACACUUGCCCUAUGACAGACCAAAGCUCAGUAAGUCAAUGGAUUCCCACCCUGAGCAGAUUGCCCUGCGCCCCAAGGAGUUCUUUUGCACCUAUGACAUCGAAGUCUUGACUGAAAUGCAGGUGGCGGCUGUGGAUAUCAAGAGCAAGAUAGCUGUGUUCAAGGAUGGGUUUAAGAUGGAAUACAACAAGCUGCUGAUAGCAACAGGAAACAUGCCCAAAACUCUCAGCUGCAAAGGCAAGGAGAUGGAAAAUGUUUUCAACAUCCGGACGCCUGAAGAUGCCAAUCGUGUGGUGAAGCUGGCCACGAGCAAGAAUGUGGUGAUCGUGGGAGCGUCCUUCCUGGGGAUGGAGGUGGCCGCCUACCUCGCGGAGAGGGCACACUCGGUGUCCCUGGUGGAGCUGGAGCAUGUUCCCUUCAAGAAGUUCUUUGGGGAGAGGGUUGGCCGUGCUGUCAUGAAGAUGUUUGAGAACAACAGGGUGAAGUUCUACAUGCAGACAGAGGUGUCAGAGCUGCGGGAGCAGGAGGGGAAGCUGAAGGAGGUUGUGCUGAAGAGUGGGAAGGUCCUGCGUGCUGACGUCUGUGUCGUGGGUGUUGGUGCAGUCCCAGCAACAGCCUUCCUCAAGCAGAGUGGCAUCAACAUCGACUCCAAGGGCUUCAUUGUGGUCAACAAGAUGAUGCAGACCAACGUCCCAGGAGUCUUUGCUGCUGGAGAUGCUGUCACAUUUCCAUUGGCCUUGAGGAAUAACAAGAAGGUGAAUGUUCCCCACUGGCAGAUGGCCCACAUGCAUGGCCGCAUCGCUGCGCUGAACAUGCUGGCCCACGGCAUGGAGAUCAGCACUGUCCCGUACCUGUGGACAGCUAUGUUUGGGAAGAGCAUCCGAUAUGCGGGCCAUGGGGAAGGAUUCGAUGAUGUUGUCAUUCAGGGAGAUUUAGAUGAACUGAAGUUUGUGGCAUUUUAUACCAAGAGGGUCUCCCGGAGAUGGCGUGUGGGUACCAGGAUGGCAUUCCAUGCUGAGAGUUGGAGGAGUGACGAGGUGGUGGCUGUGGCCAGCAUGAACUAUGACCCAAUUGUCUCCAAGGUGGCCGAGGUGCUGGCUGCUGGCAGGACCAUCCGGAAGCGUGAUGUGGAAACUGGAGACAUGUCCUGGUUAACAGGGAAAGGCUCCUAACGCUGCUGAUGGCUGCGCUCUCCUGAUGCUGCACUCGCCAUGGGGAGAUGGGACAGCAGCUCCACGGCCCGGUGGGAACCCCAUGGCUCAGCCAUUUCCCUUUGAGACCUGGAUGAACCUAGCAUUGUGCACUGACCUUCCCAGGAGGAUGUCACACAGCUCCUCUGCCCCUGUGCCUGCUGGGCUGGGGCUCUGCUGUUGCAAUUGCUGUGGAAUUCUGGAAAGGCAGGCCACAGAGAGUGUGGGGUUUGGCACUGGGCAUGGGCACCACAUGGCUCCGGAUGCUGCCAUCAGGCUGAGGGUCCCCAGGAGGGUCUGAACCAUGCACGUCCCUCAACCCCCAUAAGCAGCAUGAGUGCCUUUGGUUGCUCCUGUGCUUUCAUGCAUGAUGCUCCUUUCAAAAUUCCAUUUUUUCCCAGCAGAGCUCCAAUGUGCAUCCCUGCGGAGCCUGACAUUCGCUCCCUUCCUGCAUGGCUGCAGCAUUUGCUACAGCUCUCCCUGGGCACUCCCACCUCAGGGAGCAUCUGGGUGGGCCAGGAGAUGGGGUUACACUGGGUAAUCUCUGUGCAGCUGGUGUCUGUGUUGUCCAGGCUGGUCCUGUGCAGCCCCACCAGCAGAGGUGGGUCCCUGUCUGUACUGAGGGUUCUGGAGCUCAUCAGUCCCUGUCCCAGCAUCUCUUGUCCUGGAACAGCCAAGGGGCUGGAGUGUGUUCCCUGUCUCCUGGGCUCAGUUUGGGCUGGAGCACUGGCAGCUCUUGGCCCGUUCGCAGAUUGUGUAGCAGGGGUACUUGAGAGCUGUGAUGGCUCAGCUGCAGCCCUGGGCUGAGUGACCACCCUUCCAGCCAACCUUGGGAUAUCUCUCCUUAAUGCUUUCAUGGGAUCAGUGAUGUUGCUGAGAUGUUAUUUGAGGAAAAGUAGCUGGGGAGCGUUUCUGGCUGUCCAUUCUCUGGCACUUGUCCAGCAUAGUGACAAGGCUGCAUUUCCCAGCCCAGUGCUCUGCUGUCCUGUUCCUGCCCCAUGCUGAAGAAGAGCCAUGUCUCCAGCUCAGGAGUGGACCUGGCCAGCCACAACCCAGUGUCCAUCAGCCCAGUGGAGUAGGGGUUGAGGGUCCCCCUUGGGCUGACUCCUUCCCCAACAGCCCGUGUUUUACCCUGAG